CCCCAACUUCCUCGUGAACCUAGCCAUCUCCAACCUCCCUUCAACCCAGCUCUCUCUCCUCAUCUUCCAUCCAUUGUAUCCUUUUCCUUUGGCUUCAAAUAUCCUGUCUUCUGUUUCACUCCUUUCCUGCGCCCUUCAUCACCAUGAAAGGCCUUCUCGCCUUAUCGAUCGUCCCGUUACUGGCGGCUGCGUCACCAGUUGUGAUUGAUUCCAUCCACAAAGAUGCCGCCCCCAUCCUUUCGUCGGUGGAUGCAAAAGUGAUUGAAGACUCAUACAUUGUUGUCUUCAAAAAACAUGUCACCAGCGCUUCAGCGGUUGCCCAUCAGAACUGGGUGCAAAACCUCCAUACUACAGCCAUGGCCAAGAGAUCAAAGCUUGACAAACGUAACCAGUUUCCGUUCAAGAACGACGUGUUCUCUGGCCUGAAACAUACCUUCGAUAUUGCCGGCUCGCUUUUGGGAUACUCGGGCUCAUUUGAUGAGGAGGUUAUUGACCAGGUCCGCAUGCAUCCAGAUGUCGAUUUUAUCGAGAAAGACUCCGAGGUCCAUACCACGGCCCUCGAAACCCAAAAUAAUUCUCCAUGGGGCCUCGCCAGGAUCUGUCAUCGAGAUACCCUGGACUUUUCCACCUUCAACACAUACCUCUACUCGGACCUGGCAGGUGAAGGCGUCGACAUUUACAUCAUCGAUACUGGCAUCAACACUGAGCAUGUUGAUUUCCAAGGACGUGCAUUCUGGGGAGCCACUAUCCCAGUAGGUGAAGAAAAUGUUGACGGAAAUGGCCACGGAACCCACUGCGCUGGGACUUCCGCAGCCGCAACAUUUGGCGUUGCCAAAAAGGCUAACGUCUACGCUGUCAAAGUCCUGAGGUCCAACGGCUCGGGAACAAUGUCCGACGUCGUUAAGGGCGUUGAAUAUGCCGCUCAAAGCCAUCAGAAACAAAUGAAAGCUGCUAAGGAAGGUACCGGCCGGAAAGGCUUCAAGGGUAGUGUUGCCAACAUGAGUUUGGGCGGCGGACCUUCGCGUGUCUUGGAUCUCGCUGUCAAUGCCGCUGUUGACACCGGUAUGCACUUCGCUGUGGCCGCUGGCAAUGAUAACGCCGACGCCUGCAAUUACUCACCUGCUGCUGCUGAGUCUGCCAUCACAGUCGGAGCCUCCACUCUGUCCGACGAACGUGCUUUCUUCUCUAACUAUGGCCCAUGCGUUGACAUCUUUGCCCCCGGCCUUAACAUCCUCUCUACCUGGACUGGCAGCAAGUACGCUGUCAACACUAUCUCUGGCACUUCCAUGGCAUCUCCUCACAUAGCUGGCCUCGCGGCCUACUUCGUCUCUCUCUACCCGUCGACACAGUCCGCCUUCGCUGUCGCGCCUCUUUCCCCCGAGGACCUUAAGACUGCCCUCGCCCAGAUCUCCACCAAGGAUAUGCUGACUCAGAUGCCUGAGGAUACCAAAAACUUACUUGCCUGGAACGGAGGUGGUUCUUCCAACUACUCAGAAAUUGUGGGAAAGGGUGGAUACAACGCUGGCUCGUUGAAAGAUCAGACGAAGGAUGCCCUCGACAGGCUCGAAAAGCUCGCUACUGACGAGCUCCACGCCAUCUAUAGCGAGAUCAAGAACGCGUUCAUUCUAUAGAAACCUAAACCAUAACUUUUGACAUGCACCGAUGAUUCCAUGUCUGCGUAACGUGGCCGGUACUAGAUUGGGUGCUGUGGUUGAUGUGAUGUCCUAAUCGACAGGCGUAGAUUUUCCUAAUAAUUUGAUUUUCCAUCCGCCCCUUACCUCUCAUUGCUUAUGUGCAGUUAUCUUCAUGCGUUGCCUCGUUUCUCUCACCAAAUCUCCUAUGAAGCAUGGGUCGUCACAAGCUAGUACGUGGUUACAUGUGCGGCUUGAGUUGUUUUUUCUUGUUCAGGUCAUUGUUAUCAUUAUACAUACUGGGGCCUUAUUAAGUAGUAUAUCUGUGCGAUGAAAUGGCGACAACAGUUUUUUAAGCCACCGAUUUACACCUUUUCUGCCACCUGUAACACCUAGGUGCGAGGAUUUUUAAGAUAUGAAAAGGAUUUAUUGGUAA